AUGGAGGAAACCUACCUGCUGAAUGUGGAAGGGGUCAGGAAGAAGAUUCUGCAUGGGGGCCAAGGGGAGCUGCCAAAGUUGCAGGAUGGGAGUAAGAUCACCUUCCACUUCCAGACCCUGAAGGACGACUUUGAGCGGACGGUGCUGGACGACAGCCGUGAAGCUGGCAUGCCCAUGGAGAUCAUCGUGGGCAAGAUGUUCAAGCUGGAGAUCUGGGAGACACUGCUCAGCUCCAUGAGAACUGGGGAGGUGGCUGAGUUCUGGUGUGACACCAUUCACACAGGGAUGUAUGCCCUGGUGUCCAGGGGCAUGAGGAGGAUCGCAGAGGGCCGGGACCCCCUGGAAGGGCAGAAGCACCGCUGUGGAAUGGGCAACAUGUUUGACUACCACAGCACGGGCUACGCCGACCUGGACGAGCUGCAGCGAGCGCCGCAGCCCCUCAUCUUCAUCAUGGAGCUGUUCCGGGUGGAGGAGCCGUCUGCAUACAAACGGGACACGUGGGCCAUGAGCAGGGAGGAGAAGCUGGCGGCCGUGCCCGUGCUGCACAGCGAGGGCAACCGCCUCGUCCUCCGCAAGGAGUUCGGGCAGGCGGCCGCCAAGUACCAGGAGGCCGUCAUCUGCCUGAGGAACCUGCAGGCCAAGGAGAAGCCGUGGGAGGAGGGCUGGCUGAGGCUGGAGAGCCUGGUCACGCCGCUGGUGCUCAACUACUGCCAGUGCCAGCUGGAGCUGGGCGAGUACUACGAGGUGCUGGAGCACACGACGGAGCUCCUGCAGAAACACACCGACAACGCCAAGGCCUACUUCAAGCGGGCCAAGGCCCACGCUGCCGUGUGGAACGAGCGCCAGGCCCGCGAGGACUUUGCGCGUGUGGCUCACCUCGACCCCUCCAUGGCGGCUGCCGUGAAGAAGGAGCUGAAGCAGCUGGGGGAGAGGAUGAGGAGGAAGCACGUGGAGGAGAGGAAGCGCUACCAGGGGCUGUUCCAGCCGGCCCGGAGCGGCGAGCGGGGGCGGGCGGGAGGCAGCGACAGCCCCGAGCGGGCGGCUGCGGCUGAAGCAGAACGAGGGACCCCCAGGGCCGGGUGUGGAGAGGGCAUGAGACAGCCCAGGGGAGCCUUUGGGGCCAGGAGCCAGCACCAGCAGCUUGUGGAACUGCCUCCCCCCUGCCUGGUGGGACUCACCUGCAUCUAA